UUUUAUUCAUGGAUUUUGUCAAUCAUCACUGGUGCUGUGAAGCUGCGAUUCCCAUACUUCUAGUAAAGCUAAUCCAUUGACAAUUCCCAUGUAUUUCAAUGUUCAUACAUACAGACUCCGCAUAUUUUAUUUUAGUACUCAUCCUCCUUUCAUACGCCGAAACAAGCCUAUAAAUAUGUGAAACGGCCAUUGAAGGAGAUGGGGUUCGCAGCUGUAGGGUAGAGGAUAAAUAAAAUGGGCUUUCAGAAGUUCUAUUGGUACUCUCUUCUUCUUGCUGUAUUGGGCUUCUUGUUGUUGAAUGCAGUAGUUCUCUGUAAUGGAGGGAUUACAAGUGGUUUUGUGAGGAAGCCUGAGAAAACUGUUGAUAUGUUCGUUGACAGUGAUGUCUUCCGUGCCCCUUCUGGUUAUAAUGCUCCUCAACAGGUGCAUAUAACACAAGGAGAUCAUGUGGGGAAAGGGGUAAUAGUGUCUUGGGUUACCAUGGAUGAAGCUGGUUCAAGCAGAGUCCUGUAUUGGACUGAGAAGAGCAAGCUCAAGAGCAAAGCCGAGGGAUUAGUUGUUACCUAUAAAUUCCACAAUUAUACUUCUGGUUACAUUCAUCACUGCGCCAUAAACAAUUUGAAGUUCAAUACAAAGUACUACUAUGAAGUAGGGAUUGGACACACAACAAGAACUUUCUGGUUUACUACUCCCCCGGAGGUUGGCCCAGAUGUCGCAUAUACAUUUGGUGUAAUAGGGGAUCUUGGCCAGAGUUAUGAUUCGAACAAGACUCUUGCUCAUUAUGAAUUAAACCCCAGAAGAGGGAAAACGGUGUUGUUUGUUGGGGAUCUCUCUUAUGCAGAUAACUAUCCAAACCAUGAUAAUGUUAGGUGGGAUACAUGGGGAAGGUUCGUUGAGAGAAGUGCUGCCUAUCAACCUUGGAUAUGGACUGCAGGAAAUCACGAGAUCGAUUUUGCCCCUGAAAUUGGUGAAGUAAUGCCAUUUAAGCCUUUUACCCAUCGUUACCAUGUUCCUUAUAAAGCUUCAGACAGUAGCACUCCCCUCUGGUACUCAAUUAAGAGAGCUUCAGCGUACAUCAUUGUCCUGUCUUCAUAUUCGGCAUAUGGUAAAUACACUCCUCAAAACCAAUGGAUUGAGGCAGAGUUUCCAAAAGUAAACAGGCACGAGACACCAUGGUUAAUUGUUCUUAUGCAUGCCCCGUGGUAUAACAGCUAUGGCUAUCAUUACAUGGAAGCAGAAACUAUGAGAGUGAUGUAUGAGCCGUGGUUUGUAAAAUACAAAGUUGAUGUUGUGUUUUCUGGUCACGUUCACGCCUAUGAAAGAUCGGAACGUGUAUCCAACAUUGCUUACAACAUUGUGAAUGGUAUCUGCACUCCUAGAAGGGACAAAUCUGCCCCUGUAUACAUAACCAUUGGUGAUGGUGGAAAUAUUGAAGGCUCGGCCACUGACAUGACGGAGCCACAGCCACAUUAUUCAGCUUUCCGUGAGGCCAGUUUUGGUCAUGCCAUUUUUGAGAUUAAGAACCGGACGCAUGCUUAUUACACAUGGCACCGUAAUCAGGAUAGCUAUGCUGUAGAAGCUGAUUCUUUAUGGUUUUUCAACCGAUACUGGCACCCGGUUGAUGAUUCGACGAGCACCCGAUGAUGAUGAUGACGAGGAGGAGGAGGAGGUUAAGUCCAAAAAGAUUGGCCGUACCCCUCCUAGCAUUCCUUUCUUCUUGUAAUGCCCCUUUUUCUCUGCUGAUUUUUCUUCACAAUUGUGUUGUAGUUUUGGAAACAAAAUACUCCAAUUAUCCCAAGGAUGAAGUUUUCUACUCUUCACAAGGGAGUUAGCUUCUGUCCCACUUGCUAGAAGAUCGUCAUAUUUCAACAAGCAACCAGAAGGCUGGAAGCCUUCCUGCAUUGACAUGGAGCCAUUCCCGUCUGCUAGAUAAUAGAUAUCAUCUCUGUAGUGGUUUUGUUUGGGAGAUUAAGAAUGGUGUUAUGUUCCUGUGCAUGAUGAUGGCCAUUUUCACUUCAUCUGUUGCAAAAUAAGCUAUUGACCUAUGAAAUCUCCAUUUCCAUGUUGAUACGUGAGCUGUGGGACGGUAAAAUGUUUGUGAUCCUUGCUGUAAUCAUUACUACUGUUAUGGGUGGCUCUGAAAAACGAGUAGGAAUGUGGAUUUGUGAUUUUUAC